AGAGAGAGCUUUCACGGGAGCGCCUACAAGGCAGGACGGAGCGGAGCUGAGCGGCGCUGAGCGGCGCAUCCGCCUCGGAGAGCGAGAGGAAAGAGAGCAAAGAGCCGCGGCGGAACUUUCAGGCUUUUCCACGUCGUUUCGGGUCCUUUUUCUUUCCCCUGUUGCAGAGAGGAUGCUCAGAAGACGCAGCGUCCUUUCCCGAAAUCCUCUUGCACAAUCUGAACUCUGAUAACGGUGCUGUUUUUUUUUAUUAUUCAUUUUUCUUUAAUGAACCGGACUCGUCCUGAGCGCGCGAUCACACCAGGUUUUCUCCGGGACUUUCGCGAUGUUCGCUCCCGCUCCUGGGCUCGUGCUGCUGCCGCUUCUGCUGUUUGGUGUAGUGUGUGUGAGUGGACAGACGGAGAUGAAGCGAGUGGUGGGCGAUAACGCAACGCUGCCGUGCCACCAUCAGCUCUGGCAUGCGGACACCUCACUGCUGGACAUCGAGUGGCUGCUGGUGAAACCCAACGCCAAGCAGAAAGCGGUGAUCACCUACUUUGCAGGACGGAUUUAUGACCCGAGCGAGGGCGAGGCUGGCAGGUUGACGCUGGCAGGUGAUUACCUAAAGGGCGACGCCUCGCUGAUGAUCAGCGACCUUUCACUCACAGACUCUGGGGAGUACAGCUGCAAGGUGAAGAACGGAGGAAAGUACUACUGGAAUACGGUCAAUCUCAUCGUCCUCGUGAAGCCAUCGAAGCCUCGCUGCUGGAUGGAGGGACGGCUGUUGGAGGGCAGCGACGUGAAGAUGAGCUGUAAAUCUGCAGACGGAUCCGAUCCCAUCAAUUACAAAUGGGAGAGAGUGCUGAACAAGGGAAGCUAUGUGGGGAAACUACCACCUCUUGCUCUACUGGACCUGAAGAACCCGGAGAUCGUGACUCUAAGGAACCUGAGCCGGGAGAGUGCGGGCGUUUACAGGUGCACAGCCAGCAACGACGUGGGAGAGGAGAGCUGCACCGUGGAGGUCAAAAUUCACUAUGUCCGAGGUAUGGGAGUGAUGGCUGGCGCCGUGGUGGGUGUGUCCUUGGGCGUUCUACUCCUCAUUCUCAUUGUAUGGCUGGUACUCCGCAAGAAAGAAAAAAAGAAGUACGAAGAGGAGGAGACACCUAAUGAGAUCAGGGAGGAUGCAGAGGCUCCCAAGGCCAAGCUCAUGAAGCCAAACUCUCUGUCCUCCUCACGUUCGGGAAGCUCUCGAUCCGGCACCUCGUCCACCCAGUCCAUGGUUCCCAGCGGUGGCCCGCGUGUCCACAAACCUCACCCGCCUCCUCCCUUGGCAGGGCAUCUGAAAAACAGCAUCCAGCCCUCGACCCUUCCAGCCGUUCCCCCAGCGUACACACAGGUUGCUUCCAAACUCCAAGAACCCCACAGCAGCCCAAAACUCAGCCCGGGCAACCUGGCACGGAUGGGUGCCAUGCCUGUCAUGAUCCCGGCACAAACCAAGGCCUUCCAGACUGUCUAGAGAUACACAGAAAUAAUGAUCAUAUAUAUAUAUAUAUAUAUAUAUAUAUAUAUAUAUAUAUAUAUAUAUAUAUAUAUAUAUAUAUGUAUACACACACACACACACACACACACACACACACACACACACACACACACACACAUAUGCUGAUUUACUCCAGGUACGCAUGAAUGCCACGAUCCUGGUGUUCUAAAAGGCAAACCAAUACACACACACACACACACACACACACACACACACACACACACACAGAAACUGUGAGCCUGCAAACCGAAUCGGACUCAUUCCAUCAAGAGAAAUAAAGCAAGCAAGGACGAAUAAAAAGGGAAAUAAAAGCUGAAGUCACUUAAAGCGUCACUAAUCGUUGUGUCAAUAAACCAUCACGCAUGGGAAAUAAGAAGCGAUUGCCCCCUUGACGCGGACAAUAAAUGAAAGCGGUGUUUUCCUCGUAACACACCCCAUUUGUUUUACACUCCGAUGGCAGCGCCGGGGAUUCCGCGUGGCCAGGUGGAACGCUCGAUUUAUUUUCCAAACAAGAGACUUAGCCGUUGUCGCAGGAAAGCCACACACACUUUAUCCAGAUGAAAGAAAAGUUUAUGUUUCUUUACUCAAACACUUGACCUAAGAGCUAACUGGCUUUGCUUGCACACUCGAGGUUGUAGCGUCAAGCCGGCAGCUUUUGUUGGCAGACGAGUGGAAAGGACUUGGUUCCAAAACACCUGCUCUGUUUUGCUUUCCAGUCACAGCAAUACAAUUGGCUUCGAACCAGGAAGUGAAAUUGAAUCAUCCGCAUGACUGAUUUGUAAAUGUCUAUAUUGGUUUGAUUACUUUAUCCAAAUAAAACCAGUACAGUAAGAGCCCAAAGGGUUGCUUUAAUAUUAUAGUAAAAUAAGAAGAGAAAGAAAGAAAAGAAACAAAAAAAGUGGCUUCUUAUUGGUUAAAAAACCAAAAUGUAUCUGCUACAUUUGCUUAAAGCUUGAUAUAUCUAUUUGCAUACAUAUUGAAAACUAUUAUGAAAAUGGAGUUUUCAUCUAGAAACGCUACGUGUCCGCACUUUUGUUUUCAAUCGUUUCCCAAAAGUUGCUCAUCCGCACUGAAAAUUGUCAAAUGUUUCCACUUUGCAGAGCGUUUUCAAAGAACUACGUUUUCGUAGACCGAAAAAAAAGAAAAGCGUAUUAGUAUGGACAUGCCCUAAUUUAGUUCAUGCUUUUUUUUAUGACCUGCGUAUAUAUCAAAACUCAACAGUCUCUAUUUUGUAUGAAUUUUACAUGCAUUCAUGUCGAGAAAACUCUAUCGCAUGCCCUGCAUUUGCAUAUCGAAACCUGAUUGGCUGUUAUAUUCAAACGUGCAGUAACUCUUAGCUUUAAAUUCUGAAAUGCUCCAAUCAUAAAAAACCAUUGGAUCAAUUUUUUUUAUAAUAUUUUAAUGCUUAUAAUUAGACAUUUUUGCUUACGAUCAAUAAAAGCUUUCACGUUUUUCUCACCAGUUUAUAUUCCGGAGAGUAAAUGAGGCUUUUAAUGUUAAUUUCACUUCCUGGAUUGCUUAAACUUCACUAGCAUAUUUUACCAAAUGAUAAUUAUCCAAUAUAACCAGUUUAAAGCAGUUCUGAUUGUUUUUUUGACAGAAUGACAUGGUGCAUUUUUAUAUUUACAGUCUAAAUGUUUCGAUAUUUUUUAGCUGUUCAGUACGACGAUUAAUAACACGGCAAUAACCAAUAACGGUUUCUGUAAGUUCUGUUAGUUAAGAGAAUUAUGAACUUGCUUUGUGUGUUAAAGCAUGUCUUUAUGUGGUGUUUUGUAAAUAUAUAUACAUUAUAUGGACAAAACUUUGUAGACACCUGAUUAUAAGAUGUGUGUUUUGAACAUCCCAUGCCACAGUCAGUCCCCAGUUGCUGUAAAAAUUCAAUCUACUCUUCUAGGAAGAUGCUCCACUAGAUUUUGUGGUGUGCUUGUGGAGAUUUGUGUUCAUUUAGAUACAAGGGUCUUAGUAAAGUCAGGUACCUAUGUAGUGUGAGGAGGUCUGGGUUGCGGUCAGGGUUCCAGUUCAUCCCGAAGGUGUUCAGUACGGUUGAGGUCAGAAAUCUUUAGCAGGAGAUCUUCCACUCCAAACCAUGCACAGCAUAUAUUUAUAGAGAUGGCUUUGUACUUCUAGUUCAAGUUCGAGAACAACCACAUAGGAAUGUUUUUGUCCAUAUAGUGUAUAUAUUGUGAAGUAGUGAAGUUUUUGACAGAAGGUUUUGAAUUCAAAUCACAAUGCCAGAAAAAAAAAAAACAUUCCAUGCCCACGAGCAAGUGUCCUGAACUGCUUAUUCUUCCAACUCUGCCUGAAACGAAGACAUGUAACUUUUAAUUUCAUACAGACUUGACCUAAAUGGGUGGUAAUUUUAUCCCAGACCAGCUCCUUGUAAAAACUAUGUCACACUUUUUUCUCAGGUCGCUAUAUUUUCGGAUGUUCUACAUUUUUGGAAAAGAUUGUAUCUUGUUUUUUGUUUUUUUCUCUUAUUCCUCAUGUGAUAAACUUGAGCCAGUCGAGCCGAUUUUAAUAAAACAGGUGCUCGGUGUAAUGCGUUCCGUUCACCCCGGAGGCAGUUCUUUUUUUCCCAGCUCCACUCUUUGUACUUCGAUUGGAUGAAACCAGGACUGAGAUGAGUGCGAGCGAUUGAUCAUGAAACGUCCCACAGGGAAACCAAGGUGUCCUCCAACAUCACCUCAGCUUAGAAAAAGAUGAGAUUUUGGGGGUAUGGGCAGCAUUUGAGUUAAGCGUUCAAAUCGGGCAUUUAAGUCACAUAUUCCAGUCACGCAUUUGAGUAAAGCAUUCAAGUCAAAACGUUAAGUUAAAUAUUCAAGUCAAAUAUUUGAGUUAACUUUUUGAGUCAAACAUUUGAGUCAAACAUUUAAGUCAAGCAUUUGAGUCAAACUUUCAAGUCAAUUGUUUGAGUCAAAGAUUCCAGUCAAACAUUUGAGGUAGGCGUUUGAGUCAAACAUCAAAGUCAAAAAUGUGAAUAUGGAUUCCAGUCAAACAUUUGAGUUUGCAUUCAGAUAAAGCUUUUAAGUCAACAUUUAAGUAAAACAUUCGACUCAAGCAUAUAGGUCUCAUGUUUUGAGCCAAGGAUUCAGUCAAACAUUCGGGUGAAGCAUUCAAGUCCAACAUAAAACAAUGUAAUAAAGCAAAUAAUUAAGCAUGAUUUCUCUUUCAGAGAACCCAGCUUUAGAUGUCUAGAAGGUUGCAAGGCAAAACCCUACGAUUUCUCCCCCUAGUUUUUCUCGAAACUGCAUGCUUAAGCCUCGUUGUGAAUUUCAAUUGUCUGGUGAACAAACGAAUUAUAAACGAAGUCCUAAUUUUCUUCGUUCAUUCCUUUGAUCCUUUUCAAAGUGCAAAUAUUCGACGACUGUGCACUUCCUUGCAUAUCAAAGCUCUUGGAAUUAUCUGAGACGGAGAACAUCCUCGCAGCCACCGGGGUUCGUUUACCAUCAUAUCAGGCAAAAUGGAUUUUACUUUCAAAUGGUUUUAUACUGAGCUUUUUUAACAAAAAGCAGAUUUUCAGAAAACAUGGCUUUCGAUUUGAAUACAUUAUUCCAGUGUUAAAGUUUCCAGAGGGGCUUUGAAUAGGAAUCAAGACUAAGUCCGGAUCGAGUCCAUUGUCACACUGCAGCGUCUUUCAUAUGUAACGCAAUAUCAUAAGGCGACAAUAUCAGUUCUAUGUGCCUGAACUUUUCUUUUUUGGUUUUUCUAUGAAACAAUUUGUUUUUGGUUCAGCUUUAGAAUAGCCUUCUUAUCAUUUUUUUCUUUCUCAUUGCCUUUUCCAGAUUUUAGGAAAUGGAGAACACACACUAAAAUGAUUUUUCAUCCACAUCUUCUUAUCUAAAAGAGGAAAAGAAAGUGGGUUUGGGUUUCGGGUGACAUUUUGAAAGAAAUGUUAAUGUAAUUCAUCAGGUGUCUCCUUUUAUGCUAAAUGAUGUUGCCUCAUGAUCCAAGAAAUCCCUAACAUCUGCUGCUUUAGUUACUCCCUGGAACUAUCUCAAAUCGAGUACAUCUCACAUGUUCUCAAGUACAUAGAGAAUUUCUUUUAGAUGAAUGAAUACUGCAACAAGUCUAGUCAAGGUUUAUCUUCCAUAUAAACUAUAUGGACAAAAGUUGAUGGACACCUAUAGUAGAUAUGCUUUUUGAACAUCCCAUUCCACAUUUAGCCCCUUUUGCUGUUAUAAUAAUCUUCACUCUUCUGGGAUGAUGUUCCACUAGAUUUUGGAGUGUGUUUGUAGAGAUUUCUGCUCAUUAAGCCACAAGGGUGUUAGUAAUGUUGAGUACGGAUAAGGGUGAGAUGAAGAGGCAUUGAAGAGGUUUAAUCAGUGUUUCAAUUCAUCGCAAAGGUGUUCAAUAGGCUUGAGGUUAUAGCUUUAUAGCAGGCCACUUAAGACCUUCCAUUCCUAUCUUAAAAGAGCUGGUUUUGGCUUUUUUUAAUGAUGGAACAGGUUUGGCUCUCCUAGUUAAAGUGAAUGGAAAUUCAAUAGUAACACAUCAAGGAACAUCCUAUACAAUUGUACACCUCUAACUCUGUGGUAACAGUUUAGGAAAGAACCACAUAUGAUGGGGAAAAUCUGGUGUCCCAAUAUUUUUUUGUUCUAAAUGUAAAUAGUUUCCUGUAACUAUUCUGUAGAACCUUAGAAGGUGAGUUUUGUAGCCUUGUCCCUGAUUCAAUUCUGAUUUCAGGUUACUGCUUGUUUGUCCAUUACCUCCUCACCAUGAUGAGGUAGUCUAAAUUGCAUUAGGUGUUGCUGGACUGGACCCGGACCAUAUUCCCAAUUACUUCCCCUCCACCUCAACCUUCACAAUGUUUUUGUUCACAAUGUUCUGGCUCCAGCAUGACCCUUACCUCUGAAGAUAGUUGCAGUCAUCCAUACAAUCAUGCAAAAUUGUGUGAAAGUUUUUUUUCCUUCUUUUUUUUACCCAGUGUGUAAAAUAUUUUUCUUAACAUUUAUACACUUUUGGUGUUUGUUCAGUGGCACAGCAGAGCAGUGGCAUUAAAACCUCGAUCGAGAUUUGAAUUCACAAACAUCUUUAUUCUCCAUUAGCUACAGCAGCGUGUGUGUGUUUGUAUGUACAGAUCCGGUGUGUAUGUGUGUGACAAAGAAAGAGAAAAAGAUGUGACGAAAAAAUAACGAAAGAGCUCUUGUAAUGAAACAAACUGAUUCGAAAAAUGGAUUGGAAUUUUAUUCGAUUUUUUUGUUCCAGUCGCUUUUAUGUUGAGGAGCAGCGUUUACUUAUCACGUGUUUGCAUCCGGAGUGUGCACUAAUGCAUCGAAAAAAGUGACAGGAAUGCAUGUUUCAGGUCUUGCCAAGGUUUUUUUUUUUUUGCCACAGUGCUAGUAUGAGUAUGCCAUAUAUCAAGAAAUGAUGCUAAAAGUCGUUUUUAAAAAUGUAGAAAUAAAUAAAAAUUCUCAAUUGCUAUAACUGUGAAUAAGAAUUUUAUAUUUGACUCUUUUUGUUUUGUUUGGAUUUAAAUGACGGUGAAUGAGUUUUGGAAAACGUGCAAAACGGCGUGAACGUCAUUGACGUGCUUCGUUCGGUUACUCACAACAUAUGUAUAUAUAAUCACUCUGUGGAAAAAAAAUGUAUAUUUGUACAAUAUCUGAAUUACUCUUUCGGUUUGUAAUAAAGCAUUGAAAGGCAAAGAGAACAAA